GCAUAUAUCACAAUGGUCCAGAACAAAGGUGUCAUUUUCAAAAAGAUCCCCGAAGGUUGGCCCGUCCCCGGCCAGGACCUCGCCGUCGAAGCCCGCGAGUUUGACCUCGACCAAACUCCCCCUGAGGGCGGCGUCACGGUCCGCAACUACUACGCCUCGCUCGACCCCUACCAGCGCGGCCGCAUGCGGCCCGCACACAUCAAGAGCUACUCGCCUGCCUAUGAGCUGGGCAAGCCCAUCACGAACCGCUGCAUCAUGAAGGUCCUGAAGAGCAACACGGACAAGUUCAAGCCCGGUGACGUCAUCGUGUCCUCGAGCGUGAGCCCCAUUGAGGAGUACUCUGUGCUGGACAAGGAUUUCGUGGCCAGCGCUCACAAGCUGGAGAACCCGUACCACCUCGAUCCCAAGAUCUUCCUCGGUGCGCUGGGCAUGCCGGGGCUCACGGCCUGGUCCUCCUUCUACGAGAUCGGGCAGCCGCAGAAGGGGGAGACGAUUUUCAUUUCUGCGGCGUCGGGCGCCGUGGGUCAAUUGGUGGGUCAGUUGGCGAAGCAUGAGGGGCUCAAGGUGAUUGGCAGUGUCGGCGACGACAAGAAGCUCGAGUUCAUCAUCAAGGAGCUUGGGUUCGAUGGCGGGUUCAAUUAUAAGAAGGAGAAGCCGGCGGACGCGCUGAAGAGGUUGGCUCCCGAGGGGAUCGAUAUUUACUAUGAGAAUGUUGGUGGGGAGCAGCUCGAGGCUGCCAUCAACCACAUGAACGACUUCGGCCGGAUUGUCGCCUGCGGCAUGAUCUCGCAGUACAACCUCAAGCCGGGAGAGCAGUACCCGAUCCGCAACCUCAUGCAGUUCGUCAGCAAGCGCCUCACCAUGCGCGGUUUCAUCGUCUCGGACAAGAACAUGGGGCCCAAGCACGCAAAGGAGCACCAGGAGAAGCUGCAGAAGUGGCUCGCCGAGGGCUCCUUCAAGGCCCAGAUGGACGUCACCAAGGGCAUCGACAAUGCCAUUUACGGGUUCCUGGGCAUGCUCAAGGGACAUAACUUUGGCAAGGCGGUGCUGCAGAUUGCGGAUUUGGAGAAGGAUUAGUAGAGCGUUUUAAGAUGAGAAGAUUUAGUGCUGGUGUUCGGUGAGUGGAAUUCAUGAACCGAGAGAGCCACGUACCUAGGUAUGAAAUAGCCAUGAUUGUAAUGAAUUGAUGCCAUUUCAGAA